AUGGCCGCGUCCACCCUGUCCGUCUGCUCCAACGAUCUGAGCUACGGCAGCCGCGUCUGCCUGCCCGGCUCCUGGGACUCCUGCCCCGACUCCUCCUGGCAGGUGGACGACUGCCCAGAGAGCUGCUGCGAGCCCCCUUUUUGUGCCCCACCCUGCUGCACCCCCAGCUGUUGCCAGUCCAGCGGCUGCACCCCGGCCUCCUGCCUGACCCUCAUCUGCACCCCCGUGAGCUGCGGGUCCAGCCCCUGCCAAUCAGCCUGCACCAGCUCCUGCCGGCCCUCCUGCUGCAGCUCCUCCCCCUGCCAGGAGGCCUGCGGCGCGUCCGUCUGCUGCAAGCCCGUCUCCUGCACCCCUGUCUGCUGCAAGCCCAUCGGCUGCACCCCUGUCUCCUGCACCCCUGUCUCCUGCACCCCUGUCUGCUGCAAGCCCGUCUGCUGCACCCCUGUCUGCUGCCAGGCCUCCCCCUGCUCGGCCUCCUCAUGCUGCCAACAGUCUAGCUGCCAGCCCUCCUGCUGCAGCUCCUCCCCCUGCCAGGAAGCCUGCAGUGGGUCUGUCUGCUGCACCCCUGCCUGCUGCAAGCCCCUCUGCUUCACCCCUGUCUGCUGCACCCUUGUCUGCUGCAAGCCCGUCGGCUGCACCCCUGUCUGCUGCAAGGCCUCCCCCUGCUCAGCCCCCUCCUGCUGCCGGCCCAGCCCCUGCUCCUCGUCCUGCUGCAGACCCUCCUCCUGCGUGUCCCUGCUCUGCUGGCCCGUGUGCAGGCCCGCCUGCUGCAUGCCCGCCUCCUCCUGCCACCCCAGCUGCUGCCGCCGGGCCUCCUGCGUGUCCCUGCUCUGCCGGCCCGUGGGCCCCCGCCAGGCCUGCUGCGUGCCCACCUCGGCCCAGAAGUCCUGCUGCUGA